AUGUCUUUGUUUCACAGGGACACACACUGUUGUUCUCUCAAUGGGAGGGGCUUAUCAUCUGGGGAGCCUCAACAACAUCCUGUUGCUGACGAGACAGAGAAGAGUCUCUCCAGAUCAGAACACCCCAAGAAACACCAGCAGGGACACACAGGGAAGAAACCUCACCACUGCUGCUCUGACUGUGGGAAGAGUUUCACAAGCCAGAGUGGCUUCAUUAUUCACUGUGAUCAGUGUGGGAAGAGUUUUGCUGCAUCUAACACCUUCAAAUCUAAUGUAAGAAUUCAUACAGGGGAGAAGCCUUACCCCUGCCUUGAUUGUGGGAAAAGCUUUGCUCGUGCAGGAACCUUAACUGUACACCAGCGUGUACACACAGGAGAGAAGCCUUAUAGUUGUGAUCAGUGUGGGAAGAGCUUUGCUGUAUCAGAUAGCCUAACUAGACACCAGCGAAUACACACUGGAGAGAAGCCUUAUAACUGUGGUCAGUGUGGAAAGAGCUUUACUGGAGUUUCCUCCCUGACUGCACACCAGCAAACUCACACUGGAGAAAAGCCUUACAGCUGUGGUCAGUGUGGGAAGAGCUUUCUUAUAGUUUCCUCCCUGACUGCACACCAGCGAACUCACACUGGAGUGAAGCCUUAUAGCUGUGAUCAGUGUGGGAAGAGCUUUGCUCAAUCAGACAAACUAACUAGACACCAGCGGAUACACACAGGAGAGAAGCCUUAUAGAUGUGAUCAUUGUGGAAAGAGCUUUGCUCAAUCAGACAAACUAACUAGACACCAGCGGAUACACACAGGAGAGAAGCCUUAUAGCUGUGAUCAUUGUGCAAAGAGCUUUGCUCAAUCAGAUAACCUGUAUUCACACCAGCGAACACACACUGGAGAGAAGCCAUAUAGCUGUUAUCAGUGUGGGAAGAGCUUUGCUCUAGCUUCCUCCCUGACUGCACACCACAGAAUACACACAGGAGAGAAGCCUUAUAGUUGUGAUCAGUGUGGGAAGAGCUUUGCUCUAGCUUCCUCCCUGACUGCACACCACAGAAUACACACAGGAGAGAAGCCUUAUAGUUGUGAUCAGUGUGGAAGGAUCUUUUCUCAAUCAGUAACCCGGAAUUUACACCAGCGAACACACACUGGAGAGAAGCCUUAUAGCUGUGAUCAUUGUGGAAGGGGCUUUUCUCAAUCAGUAAACCGGAAUAUACAUCAGCGAACACACACAGGAGAGAAGCCUUACAGCUGUGAUCAUUGUGGAAAGAGCUUUGCUCUAGCUUCCACCUUGACUGCACACCAGCGAACACACACUGGAGAGAAGCCUUAUAGCUGUGAUCAGUGUGGAAAGAGCUUCAAUCAGGCAUGCAACCUGACUAAACACCAGCGAACACACACUGGAGAGAAGCCUUAUAUGUGAUCAGUGUGGGAAGUACAUUUCUCAAACUUUCUCCCUGACUAAACACAAGCUAACACACUGGAGAGAUAGAAGCCUUAUAUCUGUGAUCAGUGUGGGAAGCGUUUCCAGUCAGUUAUGGACCCUUUAUUCACACCAGUGAAGACACACUGGAGAAGGAACCUUAUGUCUGUCUAGGUGGGAAGAGAUUUGUUUAUUUAGGGCCAAUGAAAUACAGCAUGUUUGUGUUUUCUGGUGUUUUCUCAUCUUCCUCCCAUCUGGCACCGGUUCAAGAUCCCUAAAUAAAGGAUCAGUAGAAAACAUCUAGUGAACAGUCAUAUCCAUCUCCCAUUCUUAACUCUUUGGGAUAGCGGGAUGCCUCGUCAACAUCCAGUGAAAUUGCAGAUCGCGAAAUUCAAAAUGACAGAAAUAGAACUAUUAGCAUUCAUGAAAAUACAUGUAUCAUACAUCAAAUUAAAGCUUAACUUCUUGUUAAUCCAGCCACUGCGUCAGAUUUCAAAAAGGCUUUACGGCGAAAGCAGACCAUGCAAUUAUCUGAGGACAGUGCCCCGCAUACAAAAGCAUGAAAAACAAUUUCAAGCCAAGUAGAGGAGUCAUGAAAGUCAGAAAUAGCGAUAAAAUGAAUCACUUACCUUUGAAGAUCUUCAGCUGGUUGCAAUCAGAAGAGUCCCAGAAACAUCACAAAUGGUCCUUUUUGUUCGAUAAAGUCCUUUAUAUUUAAAAAAAAAAAAAAAAAAAAGUCUGUUUAGCUGGCGCGCUUGACUCAGUAAUCCACCGGUUUCCCUCGUUGAAAAAUGCAGACAAAAGAAGUUCUAAAAGCUAUCGGCAAACUUUGUCCAAACUAGUCAAACAACGUGUCUAUAUCAUCCUCAGGUUGUCUAAAAUGUAAAUAAACUAUAAUAUUUCAUACGGAAAGGACUGUGUUCAAUUGGAACAUCAAAUUAGCAAGAGCGUACCUUCUCCAUUGCGCGCAAAACCACUGAUGUGACCCUAGCAGUCACCAGACUCUAAGUCAAAAUACUAAUUCAUUUUUCAAAACAAUAGCCUCAACCUUGAAUAAAGACAGUUGACAGCUAGUAGAAGCUAUAUCAAUUGCAAUCUGGUGGACGGACAUAGGGGGUUUUCUAUAGCUUUACAAAAUAAAAGCCUGUGGUUGAAUUUCUUUUUUUUCUGGUUGGAUUUUCUUUGGGUUUUUGCCAGCCAUGUCAGUUCUGUUUUACUCACAGACAUUAAUUUGACAGUUUUGGAAACUUUAGAGUGUUUCCUAUCCAAAUCUAUAUGCAUCUCCUAGCUUAUGGGCCUGAGAAACAGGCAGUUUACUUUGGGCACGUUUUUCCUCCAAACUUCUCAAUACUGGCCCCGUUCCCAUUAAGGUUAAACAGUUGCCUUAGUCUGAUCACCAUGGUAACCUCUGUGGAGCAUAAUAUGCAGCUCUGAUCAAGCAUCAGGUCUCCACUGUGUCUAUGUAAUAUCACACAUUGGGCUCUAAAUGGAUAAAUGUUAUCAUAACAUGUCAUAGUGAACCUGUGUGUGGGGGAAAUUGAUUAAUACAUUCAAUCCAUUAUCUUCUAAACAAGAAGUUAUCACUUAAAUGGUAUAUUUUAUAUCUAUAUUGAUUUCAAAUGCUCCUUAUUAAAUUUAUAAUGUAAUAAAACUGGUAAAUGUAAUAUCUUGUUGGUUAAUGAUAAAAUGUUGAAUUGUUGUCGUAAUAACUUUUCCACUAAUGUAAUA